AUGCCUGCCUCUUUCCCACAGUUUGUGACGGAGGCAAUUAUCGGACCUUUUCUGGAUCCUCCCAGUGUUAAAUGUUUGAAAGAAGGUUUGAAGGUGAAGCAUCCGAUGGUGUUUGUGUCGGGGAUUGUAACCGGUGGACUUGAGCUGUGGGAAGGGCAUCAGUGUACGGAUAGAUUGUUCCGAAAGAGGCUUUGGGAUGGGACGUUUGGCAAAGUCUAUAAGAGAUCUUCAUGCUGGGUGCAACAUAUGUCUUUGGAUAACAAAACAGGGAUGGAUCUAUCGGGUAUACUGGUCAAACCCGUGAGUAGACUUUUAGCUGCUGACUACUUUGCUCCAGGAUAUUUUGUAUGGGCUGUUUUGAUAGCUAACUUAGCUCGUGUUGGGUAUGAAGAGAAGAACAUGUCCAUGGUUGCAUAUGAAUGGAGGCUCUCUUUUCAAAAUACAGAGAGACCAAUCAUUGAGCAGGAUCAAGAGAAAUAUAGAACUAAUGGUUGCUACAAAUGGUGGGAUAAGGCGGGUGUGAUUCCACAUUCAAUGGGUGUUAGCUACUUUUUACAUUUCAUGAAGUGGGUGGAAGUACCAGCUCCGAUGGGUGGUGGUGGUGGUGGACCAAAUUGGUGUGCUAAACACAUAAAGGCAGUGAUGAACAUUGGUGGACCUUUCUUAUGUGUCCCAAAAGUUGUAGCUGGCCUUUUGUCUGCUGAAGCCAAUGAUAUUGCAUCUGCCAAGUUUAUAUUUUUUUUACAUUAUCUCUCUCUCUCUCACACACACAUGGUUGUGGUGAACACAUGGCAGACCAUUGAAAGAAGAAUAUACGUCGACUUUACUCUUUGUGAUGGUACUCCGGGGACUACUUUCUUGCUCCUGAAAUUUUUGCCAGUGACUGGCAACAAGAAUGAUCUUAACACCUCUGUUGGCAUUAUUGAAGCUUGUGACUCUGCUUCAGCAAACUUUAGGUACCAUCUAUAG